AUGGAUAAUCAAGAUUUUUUCAACAUGUUUGCGGGAAUUGGUGCGGCUAUCCAAAGUCCAGCUAGUAUCGUACAGAAUGUCAACAUGGAAAAUGAAUUGGGAACAAUGCAAAAGCCACCCAAACUGAUGAGCUUAGAUGAAUAUGCUGGAUGGUCCGGAAGGUUUAAAAAUUGGGUUCAGGCCAACCAUUUCGAGUGUUGGAUGAAGAUCGAAAAGAAAUACGUACCUCCAGUUGAUGGGCUCGGGAUGGUUAAAGAUAUUGGAAGUCUUACAGAUACUGAACAGACAGAGUUUAAAGCUGAAAAGAAAAUGGUGAGCAUCUUGCAGCAAGCCAUUAAAGAAGACAUCCUCGUAUUGCUACAACAUGACGAAAGUUCUCAGUCAAUCUGUUCUGAUUUUGUGAAUCUCAAUCUGAGUGCAUUUAUUGAAAAGAUCGAAGCCCACGAGCUUGAGUUGUUGAAGAUAAAGAAGAUGAAUUCUACUAGCAUGCAACAAGAUGUAUCUUUAUACUACAAAGGCAGUCCUUCAGUUGCGAAUCUUCAAAGUCCAAAGAUACAAACAGGAUUCAGUGCUGAUAACACUUCAAAUGCUACAUCAAGUUCUCAUCAAUCAAUCAGUUCUACACCUUUCGCGAAUUUUGAACCAAAUGUCAAUGUUCAGGAACAGUCUUCGCCUCAAAGCUCUACCGGAUCUAAUCAUCAGGCGUAUGUUUCUGGAGUACAGUGUAAUAUCGCAGUGAACAUCAAAAAUGGAAACGAGAUAACGGAAACUGCUGCGAAGCAACAUAUUGCACUACUCGCUUCCGUUCUCGAGGCAUAUGAAGGUCUAGUUGCGGGGAGAAUUGGAAAUCCGGACAUGACAAAGGAGGACUAUGACCAAAUAGACCCCGAGGAGCUUGAACUGAUUGACAUUAAAUGGGGUAUGGCAAGCCUAGUUCGUCGUGCUCAAAGGUUCGUGGAAAUCACGGGAAGAAACAGUUUAUCAGGUCCGGAUCAGAAGUUGGGAUUUGAUAAGUCGAAAGUAACGUGUUUCAAGUGUAAAGAACGCAGUCACUUUAAACGAGAGUGUCCAAACCGUGAAGUCAACAAUCACCAAAACCCGUUCACCAAUGAUUACUAUCGACAGGCAAUCUACCAUCGACCGAAUCAACAUCGAACUGUUCAAAGGCCACAGAUAGAAAAUAAACCUGAAAAGGCAUUGAUUGUGAACCAAGAUGAUGAACAGAGGUUGUUGAGAUUUGAGGUAGUGACUGAACCGGAGAUUGUUGAUGAAGUUGUUUCUGAAGUUGUUGAGGAGAUUCCUACGGAAAAUGUUAUAGAUGUUGAGGAAAUAGCAGCUGAAGUAUACUACUAUCAAUCACAACAGGAGGAGUUAGCUUAUACUAUGAAAUCAAUUAUGCCUCCUAAUGUGUUUGAUUCUUUUGCAGGUUAUUUCGAGGAACCAAGAACCGGAUCUUGUCCUAGAUUUGAGGAGAAGAAAGAAGCCAUCGAAGAAGUGAUUGACGUGUCUAAAGAGAUGACCGGAGAAGUUCUGAAAGACAUUGCUGACAAAGCUCUAAUGGGAAAUCUUAAAGAGGUAGAUUCAGAACCCAAGGAGUCACAGUCUAUCGAUAAGGUGUCGGUUAACAGAGAGGAAUCUGGAGUUCAGGAGGUCAAAUCUGUCAAACAGUCUGUGUCUGAGUCAAAGCAUGUCGGUAAAACUGGUUGUGAUGAAAAGAUUGAUGAAAAAGUUGUUCCAAUCUCCGAAACGCCAUGCCAACGUUGUUUACAACCGUGCGUGGAGUGUCUUGAAAAGGACACUAAGUAUCGGGAACUGAAACAUCAUACAGAUAUGAUUAAGUUUGACCUUGAACAAUUAAAAGAAGCUUAUGAUACCUUAGCAAGAUCAAUUAAGAUGAUUCAAAAAGAAAGUUUCGAAAAUGAUAAAGCUACUAAAUUGGCUAAAGCUACACUGUUUGAUAAACAAAAAGAAGUCAAUUAUCAUCUUGACACAAUUACGUCACUAAGAAAAGAACUUGAAUUGGCCAAGAUAGAGAAUGACAGGAUUGAUAAAAAGUUAAUGAGCUAUGUGUUGGAUGAGGAAAGUGAGAAAUCUGAAAAGGCUCAUUCUGAAAAGGCUGUCAGUGAUUCUGAAAACGAAGGAAAUUUCUUAGAUCGAUAUGUACCGAAAUCGGAAAAGAGUACGAAUGAUGAUCCGAUCAUGGUGGUAUACACAAUGGUUGGAACUGAAAAACUUUAUUCCGACUUCGAGUACCCGCUUCAGAAUGUCAAGAUCGAAAAUGUCGAGAAAGUGUUUAAACUGGUUGAAUUGAACAUUAACGAAAUUAAUAACAAUGAAUUCUUUUCCAAACUGAAAAAAUCAUUUUUUACUUCACGUCCCAUAAGUUCGGAAAAGAAAGAUGGGGUUGGUAAAGCACAGAAGCUUAAAGAAGAAACGGUCAAUACUACUUUUGUCGAGUAUGAUAAGAGGGUGUGCUAUCGCUGCAAUGAGAUUGGACACAUGGCAAAACAGUGUCAAAAAGUGUUUAAGAAACAUGUUGUUGAAAAACCAAAUGUUCAAAAACAAAAUGUUCAAAAACAAAUGGUUAAAAAAUCUCGACCUAAAUCACCAGUUGUUUCAAAAGUUAAAAAGGAAAUGGUUUCUCCGAUCCGUAUUUUGAAAAGAGUCUGGAUCGUGAAACUGAAACCGUCUGUUGAGAUCAAGAAGAUGGAGAACGCUUUGAAAAAUGAUUCAAAUCUUUUUAAAGAUGAUGUGGUUGAUUUUGAAAAUGAAGUAGAUAAGUUUCUUGAUGAAUUUCCUCCAAUUACUAACAAAGUUAAAAUAAUUGUGAAAGAAGAGGUUCCAAAUGUCACUUUUGAUUUUCCAAAAACAAAUGAAAAGUGUGAUGUUGUGUUCGGGAAUGUGUCGGAAGUAAAGAAAUCAUGGGUCUCAUUGUUUGAAUAA